ACAGAGGAACAUGUUCGAAAUCAGACGUCAGAUGUCUUUGCAAACUUUAUGUUUCAAUCUUAUAGACAGGAUCAAAUUCAACUUCCAUAUGAUUCAAUGCCAACUGUAGGUGUGUUUAAUGAUUUUACUGAGGAACCUCAAAGUCCUUCAUCAGAAAUAGGGCGUCAAUUAGCUGUGAUAGGUGAUGAUUUAAAUGAAAAAUAUGCUGAUGUUUUUGCUGAUAUGAUAAAAAAAUUAAACUUAACCCCUGAUACAGCUUAUGAAGCUUUUGAAGGGGUGGCUAAAAAAUUAUUUGCUAAUGAAAUGAAUUGGGGAAGAAUUGUGAUGUUAUUAUUUUUUGGAUAUCGUAUGGCUAUGUCAGUAUUAAGAACUCAUUUUGAUCAGUUCUCAAGUUUUUUAAGUAGAAUAACAACGUAUGUAGUACGAUUUAUCAUUAGUGAAAGAAUUGCUCAAUGGAUAGCAGAACAUGGUGGCUGGGUAAGU